AUGGAGCAUAUUUCAAUUUUGACUACGCGUAUUUUGUUGACUGGUGACUUUAAUAUACACAUUGAAAGAACAGAUGAUGUUUAUGCCAUUGGUCUCCUGGAGGUAUUUAAUAUGUUUCAAAUGGUAAAUCAUGUUAAUGGGUCAAUACAUAAUUUUGGAGAAACUCUUGAUUUACAUGUGAGCUCCCUGGGGUUUUCGGUUCAGAUAAUCAGACCCUCCAUUCAUCAGCCCAUACAUCAAAUAUCUACUUCACCAAAAAAUAAAUUCAUGAGAUCAGAAUCCAUCCUCAAAGCCGCAGCGAUCACCAAAUACAUCAGCAAACUCAUCAUCAACUUCAACUCAAAAACUUUCACUAAUAGUAAGCGUGGAAGUAAAGUCAUGUGGGACCAAGUCAACAAGAUCAGAGGCUCUGACAAAUCCUUCAAAACGUCAACCUCACAGCAAAUUGAUGCCAACACACUCAACACCCAAUUUGCUUCCAUGUCAACCGACCCGUUCUACAAAACUCCACCAACAAAAGCAAAAACAAUCAUUAGUCGUCACCAACAUCAACAGUUUAUCUCAUACUCCGUCAUGCACAUACUAACGAUGACCUGUCCAUCCGGCACAGGUCCAGACGGUCUACCAGCAUGUCUCAGAGGCAUCAAAUUAUUAUUCGACAUCACUGAAUCACUCAUAAUCUCACGCAUCAAAUAUGCAGCUCCGUCCUGGUUUGGUUUUACUACACAUCAACAACUACAAUCUUUCAUCAAAAAAACUAAUCCGCUUUAA